CUGUUAAUCAGCUCAGAGUUAUCAGCUUCACGUUAUGUUUCCCGCGAGUAGGAGUCUCGUCGGUUACGUGUUCCGUGGUGCUUUGCAAGAUUCGAACCGGCAAAAGUUUUGGAAAGCGUUUACAUCUACUACCACUCACCCAACGAAAAUGACUACACCGUUGGACCAAGUUCCUGAUGUCGAUAUCGACCCCAGUGGCGUAUUUAAAUACAUCUUGAUCAAUGUUCACGACGAUAAGAACGACAAGAGCAAACCCAUCGUUAGGGGCUAUGCUAGAUCGACGUGGCAUGCUUGAUUAUUAGUUGAUCGGUACCAAAAGUAAUAAAUCUCAUAUGCAAUGCUAUUAAUUUUCAGCCAGAAUUAAAUAAGAUUAAAUAUAUUUCUUAUUCGCUAAAAUGGCUAUUAGUAAUUUCAUGUUUCUAAGAUAAUGGUAUUCUUACCUGCAAUGGAAGAUAUUUUAAAAAGUAUUCCGUUUCCU